AUGUUCAAACUACUCCCGCUCCUUCUCCUUGCGGUCCUCCUCCUCUCAUUUGUCGACUUCACUGGCGCGGUCAUCGAGGGCAACACCAUCUGCGAAACCACCAAUGGCUCCCCCCUCACCGAAAAGCUAUUUGGCAUCACUCGUUGGGGCAGGGGCGAAGGUUUUACCUGCAAGCAGAGUUCUAACGGCGCCAACGGUCGCCCUGGAUGCACCUUAUGCGGACAGCUUAACAACGGCAGUCUCAAAGUCUCCAUCUGCGGAGUGAAGGGCUCUAGCUACGGCGUCGAGCAAGUGAAGGACGCGUUGAGAAAUCUGAUGAGAGACUGCACCAGAGCCUCCGGCGCGCGCAGAACUCUAAAGACUGGUGGAAAGUGGAGGGACAAGGGGGGCGAGUUCAUGAUCCUCGUACACCUCUAA